AACCCCUCAACACCCCCCCUUGGGAACCUGAACUCGGGGAGAUGAUCGGAACUCGACCACAGGUAACUCGCCUUCCCUGAUACAAACACCGCCGUUGCAAUGGCUUCCGCGAGUCGUGGCCGUCUGGCCGGCAAGAACGCCGUCAUUACGGGCGCUGGCGGAGGAAUCGGUCUUGAGACCAGCAUCUUGUUUGCUAAAGAAGGCGCCAAUGUGCUCAUGACGGAUAUCUCGCAGGAGGCGCUGGACCGGGCCCUCGCGAAGGUCAAGCAGCUGGUGCCGAGCGCAGGCCGGGUUGAGACAAGACUAUGCGACGUCUCCAAAGAGGCUGACGUCAAGGCGGCGGUUGAGCACCUCGACGCGUGGGGCGGUCUGGACGUCAUCUUCAACAACGCCGGCAUCAUGCACGCCCGCGACGACGACGCCCUCAACACGCCCGAGGAGAUCUGGGACCUGACGCACAACAUCAACGUCAAGGGCGUCUGGUACGGCUGCAAGCACGCCGUGCUCGCGCUGCGCCGCCACGGCAAGAAGAAGGGCAGCAUCAUCAACACGGCGUCGGUCGUGGCCCUCGUCGGCUCCGCCACGCCGCAGCUCGCCUACACCACCAGCAAGGGCGCCGUGCUCGCCCUGACGCGCGAGCUCGCCAUCGUCCACGCCCGCGAGGGCUUCCGCUUCAACAGCCUGUGCCCGGCGCCGCUCAACACGCCGCUGCUGCAGGACUGGCUGGGCGACGACCAGCACAAGCGCCACCGCCGCGAGGUCCACUUCCCGACCGGCCGCUUCGGCGAGGCCGUCGAGCAGGCGCAGGCGGUGGUCUUCCUGGCCAGCGACGAGAGCAGCUUCGUCAAUGGAACCGACUUUGUCGUCGACGGCGGCAUGACCAAGGCCUACGUCACGCCUGAGGGGCCCGCACUCCCUCCGCCGGUCAACAACGCGCUCAAGGACAGUCUGGAGUGAAGAUGGACGGGGGCCAUGGGUCGGUGUACUCGGGAGGGGAGAGAGGGCACUCGUCUCUCGUCGCCCAUAGACAUAUCCUGGCGGCAAAUACUAUACCGUCCAAAGACAAAAAAGCCUCUUUGAUCUGUACCCAGUGACCCAGAACAAUGUGCCAGUCAUCUGAGUCUGCCAACUCGCAUCAUGAAGCUGUCGUUGGCAGGUGACGUACAGUGCGC